AUGGAAUUUCCUUCUUCUUUCACCAGUACUGAAAGAGCAUUUGUUCACCGUCUUUGUCAGUCUCUUGGACUGAUAUCUAAAAGUAAAGGAAAAGGAGCAAAUCGAUACCUGACUGUAAGGAAGAAGGAUGGAUCGGAACUGACACAUGCAGUAAUGACUUGUUGCUUGGCUCCCAGUACGAAACAUGCUGUUCGGAGUUUAAUUCAGAGAUUUCCUGUCACAAAUAAAGAACGAACAGAACUUCUGCCAAAGACAGAGCGAGGAAAUGCAUGUGCUGUUGAAUCUGAAAACAGAGAAGUGAACAAGACAAGUGGACGACUUAACAAUGGUAUCCCGCAAGUUCCAGUGAAAAGAGGAGAAUCAGAGUUUGAUUCCUUCAGGCAAUCCCUACCAGUUUUUGAAAAACAGGAAGAAAUUGUCAAAAUAAUAAAGGACAAUAAAGUUGUUUUGAUUGUAGGAGAGACUGGAUCAGGAAAAACUACUCAAAUUCCUCAGUUCCUCCUUGAUGACUGCUACAAAAAUGGAACUCCCUGUCGUAUAUUUUGCACUCAGCCAAGACGUUUGGCAGCUGUUGCUGUGGCUGAAAGAGUGGCAGCAGAAAGAAGAGAAAAGAUUGGCCAGACAAUUGGUUAUCAGAUCCGAUUAGAAAGCAGGGUUUCUCCAAAGACACUGUUAACAUUUUGCACUAACGGCAUACUGCUUCGUACGCUAAUGGCAGGAGACAGCACUCUAUCAACUGUGACACAUGUUAUUGUGGAUGAAGUACAUGAGAGGGAUAGGUUCAGUGACUUCUUGUUAAUAAAACUGAGAGAUGUGUUGCAAAAACAGACUAAUUUAAAACUAAUUAUUUCUAGUGCUGCUCUAGAUGCAAAUCUCUUUAUUAGGUAUUUUGGAAGUUGCCCAGUAAUACACAUACAAGGAAGACCUUUUGAAGUUAAAGAGAUGUUUUUGGAGGACAUUUUACGAAGCACUGGGUAUACAAACAAGGAGAUGGUAAAGUACAAAAAAGAGAAGCAGCGAGAAGAAAAACAGCAAAGCACUCUUACUGAGUGGUGUUCUGCUCGAGAAAAUAAUAGCAAACUGGAAUCUCAGAGACAAAGAUCUGUCCCAAGUGCAACUGAAGAGUAUAAUCUGUUGGAUGAUGGUGGUGACGCAGUAUUUAAUCAACUGACUGAAAAAGAUGUGAAUUGCCUUGAACCAUGGCUAAUAAAAGAAAUGGAUUCUUGUCUUUCUGACAUCUGGUUGCAUAAAGAUAUUGAUUCCUUUGCUCAGGUGUUCCAUCUCAUUCUAACUGAAAAUGUCAGUGUUGAUUAUAGGCACAGUGAAACCAGCGCGACUGCACUAAUGAUUGCUUCAGGGAGAGGCUUUCUGAGUCAAGUAGAACAACUGAUCAGUAUGGGAGCAAGUAUCCACUGCAAAUCAUCAAAUGGCUGGAUGGCUUUGGACUGGGCUAAGCGCUUUGGACAGACAGAGGUUGUUGACCUGUUGGAGUCCUACAGUGCUUCAGUGGAAUUUGGAAAUCUGGAUGAAAGUUCCCUGGUCCAAACAAGUGGUAGUGACCUUAGUGCAGAGGACAGAGAACUGUUGAAAGCUUAUCAUCACAGUUUUGAUGAUGAAAAAGUGGAUCUGGACCUGAUUAUGCACUUACUUUAUAACAUCUGUCAUAGUUGUGAUGCUGGAGCGAUUUUAAUAUUUCUUCCUGGAUAUGAUGAGAUAGUUAGCCUGAGGGACCGUAUUCUUUUUGAUGACAAGAGAUUUGCUGAUAAUGCUCACAGAUACCAAGUUUUCAUGCUUCAUUCAAAUAUGCAGACUUUGGAUCAGAAGAAGGUGCUUAAAAAUCCGCCUUCUGGCGUCCGCAAAAUAAUUCUGUCUACUAAUAUUGCAGAAACCAGCAUAACAGUCAAUGAUGUUGUAUUUGUUAUUGACUCAGGCAAGAUGAAAGAGAAGUCUUUUGAUGCACUGAGUUGUGUUACAAUGCUAAAAAUGGUGUGGAUUUCAAAAGCCAGUGCUAUCCAGAGAAAAGGCAGGGCUGGGCGCUGUCAGCCUGGAGUCUGUUUUCGUCUCUUCAGCAGACUCCGAUUUCAGAAUAUGUUGGAAUUUCAGACUCCAGAACUUCUAAGAAUGCCACUUCAGGAGCUUUGUUUACACACAAAACUUCUGGCUCCAAUUAAUUGUCCAAUUGUUGACUUUCUUAUGAAAGCUCCCGAUCCUCCACCAGCUUUAAUUGUGAGAAAUGCUGUGCAAAUACUGAAGACAAUAGAUGCCAUGGACCCUUGGGAAGAUCUCACUGAACUUGGUUAUCAUCUCACUGAAUUACCAGUAGAACCACACCUUGGUAAAAUGGUGUUGUGUGCUGUUGUCCUGAAGUGCCUGGAUCCUAUUCUUACUAUUGCUUGCACUCUUGCAUAUCGAGACCCUUUUGUCUUACCUACACUGGCCUCUCAAAAGCGUGCAGCCAUGCUGUGUAGAAAACGUUUUACUGCAGGAACAUUUAGUGACCAUAUGGCGCUUCUCCGGGCUUUCCAGGCAUGGCAGAAGGCACGCAGUGAUGGCUGGGAGAGAGCCUUCUGUGAAAAGAACUUCCUGUCUCAAGCCACAAUGGAAAUCAUCAUAGGAAUGAGAACACAGCUUCUUGGCCAGCUUAGAGCCUCAGGUUUUGUUAGAGCCAGAGGAGGAGCCGAUAUUAGAGAUGUUAAUACUAACUCUGAAAACUGGGCUGUAGUUAAAGCUGCCUUAGUGGCUGGGAUGUAUCCCAAUCUAGUGCAUGUAGACAGAGAAAGCCUGGUUUUGACUGGACCAAAGGAGAAGAAAGUGCGAUUUCAUCCUACCUCUGUUCUUAGUCAACCUCAGUAUAAAAAGAUUCCCCCAGCAAAUGGGCAAGCUGCAGCCAUUCAGGCACUCCCUACAGACUGGCUUAUAUAUGAUGAAAUGACGAGAGCCCACAGGAUAGCAAAUAUCAGAUGCUGUUCUGUUGUAACACCUGUCACUGUGUCACUCUUCUGUGGACCAGCUAGAUUACCAAGUAAUGCUUUGCAGGAACCUUCAUCUUUUCGAG